GUUCACCGAGAGCUGAACAACAUGAAGAACCACCGUGUUUUGAUCGCCGCCGCGGCCGCGAUGGCGCUGCUGUGCCUGGCCGUGGCCGACCCCGUCCCUUACGGCGGCGGACGGAAAGGCCACGGUGGGUCUAGUGGCGGUGGAAGAGGCUCCGGUGGAUCAGCCUUCGGCAGCGGUGGAAGAGGUUCCGGUGGAUCAGCCUUCGGCAGCGGUGGAAGAGGUUCCGGCGCUGGUGGUUCGAGCUUCGGAAGUGGAGGAUCUGGCUUUGGCAGCGGUGGAAGGGGUUCCGGCGCUGGUGGAUCGAGCUUCGGAAGUGGAGGAUCUGGCUUUGGCAGCGGUGGAAGGGGUUCCAGCGCUGGUGGAUCAAGCUUCGGAAGUGGAGGAUCUGGCUUUGGCAGCGGUGGAAGGGGUUCCGGCGCUGGUGGAUCGAGCUUCGGAAGUGGAGGAUCUGGCUUUGGCAGCGGUGGAAGGGGUUCCGGCGCUGGUGGAUCAAGCUUCGGAAGUGGAGGAUCUGGCUUUGGCAGCGGUGGAAAGGGUUCCGGCGCUGGUGGAUCGAGCUUCGGAAGUGGAGGGUCAAGCUUUGGCAGCGGUGGAAGAGGUUCCGGCAGUGGAGGACUGAGCUCCGGCUCAGGUGGCCAGUACAGCAGUGGUGGAAGCAGCGGUUUUGGUGGAAGUGGAGGCACUGGAGGAAGCAGUGGCUUCGGAGGCAGUGGCAGUCAUGGAGGUUCAAGUGGAAGUGGAAGCAGCUUCGGCUCUGGCAGCAGCGGCUUCGGCGGCAGCGGCACUAGCUUCGGGUCUGGCGGCAGCGGCGGCAGCGGCGGCAGCGGCUUCAGCUCUGGUGGCAGCAGCACCGGCAGCGGCUUCGGCUCUGGCGGCAGCGGCAGCGGCUUCGGCUCUGGUGGCAGCGGCUUCGGCUCUGGCGGCAGCAGCACCGGCAGCGGCUUCGGCUCUGGUGGCAGCGGCACCGGCAGCGGCUUCGGCUCUGGUGGCAGCGGCUUCGGCUCUGGCGGCAGCAGCACCGGCAGCGGCUUCGGCUCUGGUGGCAGCGGCACCGGCAGCGGCUUCGGCUCUGGUGGCAGCGGCGGCAGCGGCUUCGGCUCUGGCGGCAGCGGCGGCAGCGGCGGCAGCGGCUUCGGAAGUGGCGGCCGGGGCAGUGGCAGCAGCUUCGGCAGUGGCGGCAGCGGCAGUGGCGGGCACGGUAGCGGCCUUAGCACCAGCUAUGGCCUGCCAAGCGCUUAGGCAACCUCGACACUCGACACGGCCAAACUUUCCUGAAGUGAGCUUCUUCACGUCAAAACCUCCAGCUCCCAUUACUCAGCGUAAUUUCGAGCUCCUCUUCAGGUCCUUUGCAAAGCACUGUCGAUAAAUGCAAACUUGAAAACUUGCUUGUUUUUCAAAUUCGCUUUUCUUCGGAAGUUUUUUCUUAUUUUGUUAGUCCUGUGUCUCGCAAAUAAAUGAUUGGUUGAC